UAUAAUAGUGGGGUGAUGUCGAGCUUUGAGCCGUUUGAAGUUGAAACGGUUUAUUGGCUUAAAUGUUGAAUGACUUAAAAAUAUAAAGGUAAAAUGAUUGAUGAUGAAUGAUACAUUCAAUAAUUUUACAUUUACUCAAACUGGCGAAAGAUUCAAUUUAAGAAAAAAUAGCAAGUUUUGUGAUCCAAAAGUAAAGAAAGAUGCAGAGAGUUCUUCCAAAGCUGACUCGAAUAAUGAAAUAUCACUUGACGACUCCCAGUUCCUUUCGCAAUAUUUCUCCUCAAGGGAAAGUACAUCGCCUAAAAGAAAUAUAAAAAGAACUGAAAGAAAAAAUAAUAUUUUGCAAGAUGUAGAAACUGAAAGAGUUUUAAGUAAUUGCAAAACUGAUUAUACUUCAAAUUCUGUUGAUUCUACAAAGUUUCUGCCAUGUAGAAAUAAGGACAAGAGGAAUAUUGUCACAGAUGGAUUGAAUAAGGUAUUCAACAGUAAGUUAAAUAUUUCUAAAACAAUUUCUGGAGAUUCAUCACUUCACACCCCUAAGAAACUAAUUAAUAUUAUUGAUUUAAAACAGUUAUCAAGUUGGGGCCUGCCUGAAGCAGUUUUGGAGAAAUAUUAUGCACGUGGUUUAAAAUCAAUGUUUCCCUGGCAAGUUGAGUGUCUGAGCAAUGAAGAUGUAUUGAAAAAUAGAAAAAAUUUAAUAUAUUCUGCCCCAACUUCUGCAGGAAAAACUCUGGUUGCUGAAAUAUUAGCCCUCAAAACGAUUUUUGAAAUAAAAAAAAAAGUUAUAUUUAUUCUGCCAUUUGUAUCUAUAGUGAGAGAAAAGAUGUAUUACUUUCAAGAUCUACUUGAAACUAGUGGAAUUAGAGUCGAAGGUUUUAUGGGCUCACAUAACCCACCAGGCGGUUUUCAUCCAGUACGAUUGGCCUUAUGUACUAUCGAAAAAGCCAAUAGCCUCAUCAAUAGGCUUUUAGAAGAAAACCAGUUGUCAGAAAUUGGGACAAUACUAGUUGAUGAACUGCACUUACUGGGAGAUCCACACAGAGGAUAUUUGCUUGAAUUACUCCUCACCAAGCUCAAAUAUGUUUCUCAAAAAGAUGACAAAUUACAAAUACAAAUUAUUGGAAUGUCUGCCACUCUCCCUAAUCUACAUCAAAUUGCAAAAUGGCUAAAUGCCGAGCUAUUUACUACUAGUUUUCGCCCUAUUCCUCUUCAUGAACAAGUACAUAUUUGUGGAGAAAUAUAUGAUAGGAAUCUCAAGUUGAUAAGGAAGCUGACACCUUUGCCCAAUCUUGCUGUUGAUACCGACAAUAUACUCCAACUCUGCUUGGAAACUAUUAAAGAGUCUUGUUCCGUUCUUAUAUUUUGUCCUACUAAAAAUUGGUGUGAAAAUUUGGCUCAACAAAUUUCUACAGCUUUCUUGAAAAUGGGUAGAUGUGACAGUGAGUGGGGAAAACUGUUGAGGAGUCAGUUGAAUACUACUCUGAUAAUGGAACUUCUAGAACAAUUGAAAUAUUGCCCGGUCGGUCUGGAUGAGAUAUUACGAAAAACGGUGUCUUUUGGUGUGGCAUUUCAUCAUGCUGGUCUUACCAUGGAUGAAAGAGACAUCAUCGAGGGAGCAUUUCGAAACGGGUCCUUAAGAGUUCUUGUUGCAACUUCGACUUUGUCUUCUGGAGUCAAUCUCCCUGCACGAAGAGUUAUAAUAAGAACUGCAAAUUUUCAUGGCAAGCCGAUUGAUGCAUUGACAUAUCGACAAAUGAUUGGAAGAGCUGGUAGAAUGGGCAAAGACACACUUGGAGAAAGCUUUCUUAUAUGUCAGAAAAAUGAUUAUAAAACAGCGAAAGAACUCAUGUCUGCAGAUCUUAGGCCUAUAGAGAGUUGCCUAGAGGGCCAUGGGAAGCUAAAAAGAGCCAUAUUGGAGGUUAUUGCAAGUGGGGUAGCCUCAACUCCUGAAGAUGUAGACUUGUUCACAAAAUGUACUUUGCUGGCCAUUGAAGGUGAUGGUAGUGAGGAUUUGAAUAAUCCUAUAGAAGAAGCCGUGACGUUUCUGAACCAAAAUGAAUUUGUCAAGUUACAGGAACAGGUUGAUAAAACACAAAUAUUGGUUGCAACAUCUCUUGGAAAGGCAUGUCUGUCCUCCUCAAUGGCCCCUGAUGAAGGAUUGGCUCUUUUCACCGAACUUGACAGAGCUCGACAGUGCUUCGUCCUCGAUACCGAAUUACAUCUAAUUUAUCUCAUCACACCCUAUAGUGCAUGCCAUUCUUGGGGUUCAAUCGAUUGGAUGUUUUUUCUUGAUCUAUGGGAAAAGCUUCCUCUAACAAUGAAGAAAGUUGGAGAACUCGUAGGAGUUCAAGAAUCUUAUAUUGUUAAUGCUACAAGAGGAAAAGUGCAGACAAACACCAACAAAUUAUACCAUAAAUUUCUUGUGCACAAACGAUUUUUUGUGGCUCUGGCUCUGCAAGACUUGGUUAAUGAGAAACCGUUGAAUUGGGUGUGUAACAAAUUCACAUGUAAUAGAGGUAUGCUACAAUCCUUGCAGCAAUCUGCUUCAUCAUUUGCCGGGAUGGUUACUUGCUUCAGUAGAGAAUUGGGUUGGAAUAAUGUGGAGCUGCUCAUAUCACAAUUCCAAGAUCGAAUGCAGUUUGGUGUUAGCAGAGAUUUGCUCGAUUUGAUGCACUUACCUAUACUUAAUGGAAAAAUUGCUAGAACUCUCUAUAAUGCUGGCAUUGAGACUGUGAUACAAUUAGCAAAUUCAAAUGUUUCAACAAUAGAAAGUAUUUUACACAAAGUUAUCCCGUUUGAAACAGAAAAAGGACGUGAGGGUGAAUCAGAGUUCGAGUACAAGCAAAGAAAUAAAUAUAGAAAUAUAUGGGUAACGGGAAAAGAGGGAAUGACUGAAAGAGAGGCAGCAGAAAUGUUUGUUGCAGAUGCAAGAAAUUAUUUGAAAUUGGAGAUUGGUUUGGCAGAAGCUAAAUGGGAAAACAGUCUGGGAGUUUGUGACUCAGAUCUGUUGGGAGGGAGAUGUCUAAGCAACGACAAGGAAGUAAGCAGGAUGACAGUGCAAAAUCAGGAUUUUACCAACUUUCAAACUUCAAAUAAGUCCGAAGAUGUAUUUGAUGAAAUCAUAUCGCCCAAAAAAAACCUAGAAAAGCUACACAUUGAUAAUAGUGUUUCUGAUGAUUCUUCUGUGUUUUCUAAAGAUUUGAGCAUAUCUGAUUCCGCAAGCGUAAUAUCUGAGGCAAAUUCAACAAAAAUUGAAGAUGCUGACGAAGUUAAUGAAAAUGAAAUUAAUGAAGAAAAAUAUAUUGAAGAUUUUUUCGAAAAAAAUGAAUCCUUAGGGACUGUUGAUACUACCUUUCAGACCGAAGAAUUUAAAAAUCAGAAAAAUUCAUUGAAAUCCCUGGAGAGUUCUUCAAAUGCGGAAUAUUUGUCGAAUUUUUCUAGCAGUUUUUCUGGAAUCGAUUUUUCAGAUCUGGAGCAGAAGGUGAUUGAGAAGUCACCAUUUAAAAUGACUGGUACAAACAAAGUUUUCGAUAUACCCAAUCAGUUUUUCAACAAAAACGAAGUAUCUCAGCUGUUGUCUCCAUCUUCUGUUGAAUUGAGCGUAUCACGAUCUUCAAGUUUUACUGUUCCUGACAAAAUUAAUAUAUCAGUUCAGGAAUUGCAAUCAGAUCAAAGUCUUUUUGAUGAGAGUUUUCGUCUAGAACUGAGUGGAAAUGAUUGUGAAUCUCCUAAAGGCAUACAUUUCAACAAAUCAAAUGAGAAGAUAGAGAAUUCCAGUUCCGUUGAAACUGCUAGCUUUCUAGAGAAAGCAUUUACAGGUUCAUUCGAAAUUACGAAACAUAAUGAAAGUGAUUGUGAUAUAUUUGCUGAAUUGCCAAACAUAAAUAGUUCUGGUGAAGAAAAUAAUGACAAUAUCCAACCUGGAACUCCUGAUGAAAUUUUAAAUUUUGUUGAACCUCAAAAGUCUGCUAAUUCAAGAAAACGUUUUGGUAAGAAUGAGAAGACGGAAAUACCAAAGAAAAAACUGAAAUUUGAUAUUUCAAAGAGAGAAGCCAUUAAUGAAUCUUAUAUUAAUAAUAAAUCUAUCGUGAAUUACAGCAAUAUGGAAAUAGUUGACGUUUGUAAAGACUUGUCAUUGCUAAAUUUAUUUUGCAGAGAAAUCAAACAACAAACUUGUGUUUCAUUGUCUGUCGCUUGUGUAAAAAUAAUGGAAAACCAAAAAACUAUUGGUGAAAAUGUUAUGAAAUCUGAUGUUGAAGAAUCUCCGAUAUACUUUUCGUUUGAGGAAAGAAAAAUACUAGGAUUUUGUUUCGCUUGGAAAUACAAUGUUGGUUAUUUUAUCAGUUUAGACAAUCCUAACUACCAUCAACAAAUUAUGAAAAUGAUGAAAACUAUUGUCGAAAAUGAGAACCUGAAAGUGAGAUUAUUUGAUGCCAAAGAACAAAUCAAGGUUCUCACAAAUUGUUGCAACAUAAAUUUCAAGUCUAGAAUUGAUGACCCUAAAAUUGCUGAUUGGAUAUUAGAUCCUGAGGGAAAAGAAAAGAAUUUUAAAGCAAUGGUUAUGAAAUAUUGUCCUGAAGGUAUUGAACUGUCACGAUUGUCAGGAGGAUGCAAAGGUGUGGGUAGCAUUGGACUGGAUUUGUACAGUGCAGUGGACCCUAGAACAAGAUCCGCUGUAGAAGCCAUUAUGACAUGGCAUCUUGUUGACUCCCUGAAAAAUACAUUAAAACAAGAAAAUCCAGAUUAUUUUAAAGCAUAUGAUGUGGAGUGUGAUACAAUUUUAUGUUUAACAAAUAUGGAAUUAGGGGGUAUAUGUGUUAGCAAAAAGUUAUUGCAGGAACUUGUGGAUAACUUGAAAAAACAAAUGACUGCUAUUGAGAAUAAAGCAUUUUCCCUGGCUGGAAGACAUUUCAAUUUCGUAUCUUCAAAGGAUGUGGCAAAAGUUAUAGGAAUUUUCAGAGGGAAAAAAAUUAGUACAAAGAAGCAGAUUUUAGAAAAAAAUGAACAUCCUAUUUCUGAUAUGAUUGUGAAGUGGCGAAAAAUAAAUACAACUCUAACAAAGAUGAUUUAUCCACUGAUAAGAGUUACCAAAAAUAAUCGUAUUCGCGGAUGCUAUAUUACUCAUACCUCCACUGGACGAAUAACAAUGCAAGAGCCAAACUUGCAAAACAUAGCAAAAGAUUUCAUAAUAGAAAAUCCUUUCACAAAACAAAAUGUUAAUAUCAGUUGUCGCAGUGCUUUCCAAGUAUUAGAAGAUCAUCAGCUAUUGUCUGCAGAUUACUGUCAACUGGAACUGAGAAUCCUAGCACAUUUUUCAAAAGAUGAUUUGUUAUGUACUGUAAUGAAUAAACCUGGUGAUGUCUUCAAAUCCAUCGCCGCCAAGUGGAAUCGAGUUGAAGAGGAUAAGGUUUCAGAUGCUAUGAGACAGAAUACGAAGAGUUUGUGCUAUGGAAUCAUUUAUGGUAUGGGGAGUAAAACAUUAGCGGAUCAGCUUGACUUGCAAGAAGAAGAAGAAGCUAUAGAAUUCAUGGAAACCUUCAAGUGUACAUACCCAGGCGUCCAAAAAUUUAUCAAAGACGCAAUUCAGAAAUGCAGAACACUUGGUUAUAUUGAAACUAUAACUGGCAGAAGGAGGUACUUGCCCAAUAUCAAUGAUUGCAGCCUUACGAAGAGAGGGCAAGCUGAAAGACAAGCUGUAAAUUCAAUAGUUCAGGGGUCGGCAGCUGAUAUAGUGAAAAAAGCAAUGGUAGAAGUAGAAAAGGAACUGCAGAGUAUUUUUUACAAAACAAGAAGUAGACCUCGAAUAGUACUCCAUUUGCAUGACGAACUCAUUUACGAAGUUCCUACUAAAUAUAUUGGAAAAGUGGCCAAGAUUAUAAAGAAAAAUAUGGAAAACUCCAUGGUUCUCUCUGUUCCCCUUCCAGUCAAAAUUAAAACAGGAAAAUCCUGGGGAUUUUUGUGUGAAUAUACCUUGUGAUAUUUUUUAACGUGUCUUAAUUCCUGUAAUUUAAACAUCAUAGAAUUUGUAAUGGAUCUGAUUAUAUAAUAUUUGUUGAUUUCUACCUAUCAGGUCAUCAUCAUGUAAUUUACUCUCAAAUAUUGUAUUGAAUUGAAUUUUACUUCUGUACAUAUUUUAUAAUAAAUAUAUUUUUUCUAAUUGCUC